AACGUGGCAAGAUGGGGAGAGUGGAAAUAGAAGGCAUGGGGCGCGUCGCUUGUUUUUGAGGCCUUCGCUUGAGCACUGCGGGUAAGCUUCAAGAUCACUUAACAAGCUGUGCCUGUAUGUGUUUCAGGAUCAGUUAAUGCCGCGAACAUAAAGAGUGGGAACGAAUAAGGGCUGCGGUGAAUUGGUUCAGGAAGUGGCAAGGAUGAAAAGGGCAACGUAAGAAAAAGAAAAUGUUGGGUGCGACCUUGUCCGUCUUACUCCUCACGGCGGUUUGCUCGGAAGCUGGUUCAGGGCAGCACCUCAUUCAGCACAAAGCAAGGUACAGCUUGUUGCAAGUGAGCUUCUUCUGCCUUCCUUCGCUGCCGUGCCAGUGCCCGUGCCAGUACGGCCUCGAGUAUCCCAGCAGCUGCGGCAUCUGUGUUUGCCCACCAUGUGGGGGGUGCCUGUCAGCAUGCUACUUCAAGGUGCGACCAGGAGAGCUGUGUCCACGGUGCGCGCCAACCGAAUAUUGCUUCAGUCAACACCGAAAUGUGCUAGUGGCGCCAACGCAACCGGUAAAUCCAGAGGAGUCGAAGAAGCCGAAAGGGCCGCAAAAACACAAGAAAACAAAAAAUCCAAAGGAGUUGGAGAAGCCGAAAGGGACGCAAAAACCCAAGAACACAGAAAAUCCAAAGGAGUCGGAGAAGCUGAAAGGGACGCAAAAACCCAAGAAAACAGAAAACGCCAAGGAUACAGCAAAGGCGAAAGAGUCGGAGAAGGAGAAAGGGACGCAAAAACCCAAGAAAACAGAAAACGCCAAUGAUCCAGAAAAGGCGAAAGAGACGGAAGAAUCUACGAAGCCAGAGUAGUCGGAGGCAUCUUGAGGACGACGCGUCUUGGAGUUACAGCUAUCACGGGCCCAUUAUUUUCACGACGAAUAAACGCAUACACGACAAAGAAAA